CGGUACGGUCAAGCCAUGGCGGUCGUCCUGGAUGCUUUGGCACCCUACGUCAAGAAGCUGCUCACAGACAUGGCCGAUGAGGAGGUGUCCAUGCUACUGGGAGUCUCCGGCGAGAUCACCAAGCUGGAGGACAACAUGGAAAGCAUCAAAGCCUUCCUUGCAGAUGCUGAGAGGAGGCGUCUCACUGACCUGAGCGUGCAAAGAUGGGUCACGAAGCUCAAGAACGCCAUGUACGACGCCACCGACAUCCUAGACUUGUGCCAACUCGAGGCUGACAAGAGGAGGGAAUAUGAAGGUGGCAGUAUGGACGAGAAGGCUCCCAGUUGCUGCCAGUCAUUGCUCUUCUGCCUACGGAAUCCUGUGUUCGCGCACAAGAUAGGCAGCCAGAUCAAGGAGCUGAACAAGCGGAUGGACAGCAUCCACAGGGAGGCAGAUAGGUUCAAGUUCAACAUUGGCCUCGGUUCCAAUCCGGAGCCGAGGAAGCUAACUAAUGCUGAAAGGUCUAUGCAGAUGAUGACGUCCGAGUUCAAUGAGUCGGCCAUUGUUGGUGACAAGAUCGAGCAGGAUACAAGGGAGCUUUCCCAGCUGCUAACCACUAGUGGUGACCAUGACAUCAAGGUGGUGUCCAUUGUGGGCACUGGAGGAAUGGGGAAAACCACCCUUGCCCAGAAGAUCUUCAAUGAUACAUCCGUCCAAAAGCACUUCAAAGUGAAGAUAUGGCUGAGCAUCACCCAGCACUUCGACGAGGUUGAGAUGCUCAGGACAGCAAUCAAGCAUGCUGGGGGAGACCAUGGCAAUGAGCAUGAUAAGACAAUCCUCACGAGGACCCUCACUAACACCUUGUCCACGGGCAGGUUCAUCCUGGUCCUGGAUGAUGUGUGGAGUGUCCAAGCAUGGAGUCAAGUGCUUAGUGUCCCAGUCAGAAAUGCUAGCCAGAAACAGCUGGGGAACUGGGUCCUCAUCACAUCAAGAUUGGAAGACCUGGCUCUACGGAUGGGAGCCUCCUUCUACCAGCACCAUGUCAACCCACUGAAUGAAGAGGAUGCUUGGGCCCUGCUCAACAAACAGCUGCCACCAUCUCCUAAUCAGGUAGUAGGAACCGAGCACCUAAGAGACGUCGGGAUGAAAAUCGUUAGAAAGUGUGGUGGUUUACCACUGGCUAUCAAAGUGAUGGGAGGAUUGCUAAGCACCAAGCCUCAAAGCGAGACUGAUUGGGAAGCUGUUUUGAACCAUCGUGCAUGGUCAGUAGAUGGAUUGCCUGAGGAGCUGGAUAAACGAAUCUACUUGAGCUACGAGGACUUAUCUCCCCAGCUCAAGCAAUGCUUCCUUUACUGCUCCCUUUUCCCUAAAGCUACAAGAAUUUUGUAUAGAAAUGUUGUUCCCAUGUGGAUCAGUGAGGGAUUUAUCCAACCUCAGGGCGGAAGCAGUUCACAUGAUGACCAGCUAGAGGAAAUAGCAACUGAGUACCACAAGGAGUUAAUCACGAGGAAUCUUAUAGAACCUACAACAGCGCAGACUAUCACUGGAUACGUGUGCACAAUGCAUGACGUGGUGCGCUCCUUUGCUGAAUAUAUGUCUAGAGAAGAUUCACUUGUGGUCCAGGAUAGUAAGCAAGUUGCCACCGGGAGUAGCCUUCUUGUGCGUCGCAUGUCCAUUGGUCCAGCAAGCGAACUCCUACUAGAAGAAUGGGCCGCUCUACAAAAGCAAGUGUCACUUAGAACAUUAUUUAUAAAUGGUAAAAUCAACUACAAGCCGGGUGAUUCUUUAACUUGCUUCUCUAGGCUAAGGGUAUUGUCUAUAAAUAAUGGUGGAGAAUGUGAUAUGUUGGUUGGCUCCGUGUGUCAGCUGACACACCUAAGAUACCUUGCUUUAGAGGGAACAAAUAUAUCUAGGCUGCCGGAGAACAUCCAUAAGAUGAAGUUCCUGCAGCACAUUGCGCUUCAUGGAUGUAAGAAUUUGGAGAGUCUUCCAAGUAGCAUUAUAAAACUGGUGCAUCUCAGAUUUCUUGACAUGCGUGGUUUGAAGGCUAGUGUCGUAAUACCUAAGGGGUUUGGUGGGUUAACAAACAUGAGGAUACUUUUUGGAUUCCCAGUACACGUGGACAUGGAUGGGGGCUGGUGCAGCUUGGAAGAGAUCGGGCCUCUUUCCCAGCUUAGGAAGCUUACUUUGCACGGUCUAGAGAAUGUGCAUGCUAGCUCGUUGGCUGAAAUGGCCAGGAUUGGCAGCAAGGAGCACCUUGAUUACUUGGCCUUAUAUUGGAGCAGCAGCGGAUGGAUGGAAUUGAUGGAUGAGAUCGAGAAGCAACAGAGGCAGCACGCCGCGGAAGAGGUAUUGGAGAAGCUCUGCCCUCCACCCCGCACACAACAACUACAUAUUCAAGGAUACUUUGGUCGCAUGCUACCAAAUUGGAUGAUGGUACCAAAUGCGGCAACAGGGGCAUUCAAGAGCUUAAUGAUUUUGACGCUGUGGGAUCUGCCUUGCUGCACCAAACUCCCUGACGGCUUGCGUCAGCUACCCAGUUUGAAAAUGCUGCACAUUAAAGAUGCACCAGCCAUCAAGAGGGUUGGCUUUGAAUUCCAGGCGUCCUCCUCCUUGACGGCGGUGGGUGGGGGUGGCACUACAGCUACGUCAGCAGCUUUUCCUAAUCUGAGACAUCUUUUUCUGCAAGGCUUGUGCGAAUGGGAGGAGUGGGACUGGGUGGAGCAGGCCACCGUGGAUGUGACUGCAGGCACCAUGGCCAUGCCUUGUCUGGAGACACUCUACAUAGAGAACUGCAAGCUAAGGUGCCUUCCUCCAGGGCUCGCCAACAGCAAGAGGCAUGCUCUAAGGGAACUCAGGCUGUACGAAAUCACCAACCUGGUAUUCGUGGAGAACUUUCCUUCUGUUGUGGAAUUUGACGUGUUCGACUGCCCCGAGCUCAAGAGGAUCAGCGGCCUCUCCAGGUUGCACAAGAUCAGGAUCAUCCGCUGCCCGAACUUGGAGGUGCUGGAAGGUGUUCCAGCACUCGGUAGCCUUGUGCUGGAGGACACCACAAUGGAGGCUCUUCCAGGAUAUCUGCUAGGUGUGAACCCAAGGUAUAUCAAGUUAAAUUGUAGCAAGAAACUGUACGAAUCCUUAUCUUCACCAGGUAACUCCGCCGAGUGGAACAAGAUCACUCAUAUCGGAAACCGCAAUAUCGGCUGGAUCGAAGAUUAAGAAGAAAACUCGCAGGAAUACGGCUGCAUCAACAACAAUUCAUCCAUUCAUUCAGCAGGGAAGGAAGCUUCCGUUGGAGCACACGCCGACACACAGCCUACUCAUCAGACUACAAGAUAGAGAGAUACUGCAAACCAUGGAUCGAUUCUCUUGGAAAUGUAAAGAUUUUAGUUCUCUCAUCUUUGGCCCCCGGCCUCCGAGUCUCACGCAUGUUUCUCAUUUCAUAAUUGGGUAGAGUGGUCAUUUUUAAAGCAACCUAGCUUCAGGAUAGACGGCGGCGAUAGUCCUCUCUUUUUUUUUUUCAGGCGACCAAGGCUCAGUCUGCAUGGUAAGAUAAGAAAAAUGCUAUGCUGAGAUAGGUCAAAAUGCUGUAUGUAAGUCUAGUCUGGUGCGGAUCAUCUUGGCAAAAGUUUUAAAUGAUACCAAAUUGCUAAUCGCUGAAAAGUAUAACAAUGAUACCCAGUUCGAUC